ACAAACACUAGCAGAGUGUACAUGAGAGAAGAAGAGGUGUGUGAUGUGGUGGUGGGUUUCGAGAUGGCUGAGACGACGACGUUUCUGAGCAACAGAUACUGGGUACUGAGGCACGGCAAGAGCAUUCCGAAUGAGAGAGGCAUCAUUGUUUCCUCCAUGGAAAAUGGUACGCGCCCAGAAUAUCAAUUGGCGCCAGAAGGUGUGAGUCAGGCACAGUUGGCUGGGCAAUUGUUCCAAAAGGUACUUGAGGAAAAUAACAUACCGAUUGAAAAUGUUUGCAUUUGCUACUCUCCGUUUUCGAGAACAACUCACACUGCUCAAGUAGUUGCAUCUGUCUUGAACGUUCAAUUUGAGGGUGCUCAAUGUAAGGUGAUGGAAAAUCUUCGUGAACGCUCCUUUGGUCCUUCAUAUGAGCUUCUGUCACAUGAUAAAUAUCACGAUAUAUGGGCUCUUGAUGAGAAAGAUCCAUUCACCAAGCCAGAAGGAGGAGAAAGUGUCAAUGAUGUUGCAUGUAGACUUGCAGAAGCUAUUGCAACUUUGGAGUCACAAUUUCAAGGGUGCACCAUCUUAGUUGUUAGUCAUGGCGAUACCCUACAAAUCUUGCAGACAAUCCUGAAUGCUGCUAAGCUAAAUGCAGGAUCCAUUUACAAUGACUUGGCAUCGAGAAUUCAAGCAGUUCAAACCCCUCCCGUCCUGUCACAGCACCGAAAAUUUUCCCUGCUUACUGCAGAGCUCCGGGCAGUUAUAUGAGUAUUACCUCUGAAGAAACUUUCAGCUUUUUCUUUGUAAGUUCUGAAAAACUGGGAUAGUGUCAUUGAAAAGGAUUAAAAUAACAUUUAUACAUGUCAUUAACGAAGAAAUAUCAUGUCACUUUGGACUUGUUAAAUGGUUUUA